UUCCAACUGAGUCACAAGAUCAGUAAAGUCAGAAGUGUGAGCUAGAGUGCACAGAUAAACUCGUUGAGUGCCUUUUCACGUCAAAUCGCCCCUGUUUUGCACCCCCAAGAUGUCUGACGAAGUUGCCGAAAACGGACACUCCGACAACGGAGACGUGCCAGAAAUCGAGCUGAUCAUUCGCGCUUCCACAAUCGACGGCCGCCGAAAGGGCGCGUGCCUCUUCUGCCAAGAAUACUUCAUGGAACUCUACCUCUUGGCGGAACUGAAAACCAUCAGCCUAAAAGUGACCACAGUGGACAUGCAGAAACCCCCACCCGAUUUCCGCACGAACUUCGAAGCGACACCUCCUCCGAUCCUCAUCGACCGAGGCAUGGCCAUCCUCGAGAACGAAAAAAUCGAAAGGCACAUCAUGAAGAACGUACCAGGCGGGCACAACUUGUUCGUUCAGGACAAGGAGGUCGCCACCCUCAUCGAAAACCUCUACACCAAGUUUAAAAUGUACGUAACUAAAUUCGAAUCGACGGACACCAAGGAGGCCAGCCAGCCGCUGUACUCGCACCUGGAGAGGAUCAACGACUUCAUGGCGAAGAGGGCCACCCGCUUCCUCACCGGCGACACCAUGUCCUGCUUCGACUGCGAGCUCAUGCCCCGGCUCCAGCACAUCCGCAUCGGCGCCAAAGCCUUCCGGAAGUUCGAGAUCCCGACCAGCUUCACCGCGCUGUGGACGUACAUGGCGAACAUGUACGAGCUGGAGGCGUUCCGGCAGAGCUGUCCGGCCGACCAAGACAUCAUUAGUCACAUCAAAAACCAGCUGGGGUUGAGGACAACGGCCAGGAUAGAGCUGGAGACGCCAAUUUUCACCACAUCCACUCCCAUUGUCGCGGAAUCAUAAUCAUGAUUUUUAUCUAACCCAGGUGGAGUGGCUUGACGAGGUCGCCGCAGACGGUACUAGUACAAAAUUUGGCGACCUUCUUAAGUUGCUCUACGCGCUUUUUUAUAAUAUUUACUUACUUCGUAUGACAUAUAACGAAAUUUUUGCUAAUGUAGCGAAGUUUUGAUACCAGAGCUUUUUCUUGUUGAGCAGUAUUGUUGGAAAUUUUGCUAAAUUUUUGAGCUGGACUUGAAAAUCGUGUUUUAAUUCGCGUUCUUAAGUUUUUCGGACCGGGGCAGGGCGCACCAGGUGAUUUCGUGGGUUUUAAAAAUUCGGAUAAUGGUUUUUACUUGAAUUGAGCGCUUCGUGGGCCCUGACCCUUAAAUACAUAAAGUUACUUAAAGUGCUAGUUUUGUUUAUCAUUUGUAUCAGUUAGGUAAGAAAUAAAUAAUAAUUAUGUUACAAUGUAUUUUUACGUAAUAAAGGUAACUGUGAACGUA